CGAAUAACCGGCAAGGAAUGCGCGUUUCUCGUUUCUCCGCCGCCCCUUGUUUACUGUUUGCAACCUGCCGUUUGUUCGUUACACCUGUAGCGACAGCGACGCAACCGAAUUUCUAUACACAAUUCUGCAUGAAUUCUUCACGGAAUUGAGCGGAAGAGAAUGAGGACGGCUGUGUGGCUGCUGGUCGCGCUGGGGACGCUGGUGUCCGGCCAGAGGUCCGAGACGGAAAGGGAGAGAGAACUGGAGCUGCGAUGCCCGAAGCACUGGAUCCAGUUCAGGUCUUCCUGCUACAGAUUCAUCAAGUCGCCCAACAGGCCGCGCGUCCAAGCCAGACAAAACUGCCAGGUCUAUGACGCUGAUUUGGUCAGCGUGGACACUCUGGACGAGCACACAUUCGUGAUGCAGCAGCUGCAGUGGCAAGAUCCGCAGCAUCGCACCUGGUACACGAGCGGCAGGCAGCAGAGCCCGGGCUACUGGGUCAACGAGGGGGACAACUCGCAGCUGACCAACAUGGAUGCGGCCUUCUUCCCUGACUACGACAAUACACCAGGCCGAGACUUCCUCGCCUACGGUUACGACCAGAAGACCCAGAAGUGGGGAUUCAAGAAAGUGCGCGGUGAUGAGUAUUUUCUCUUUAUUUGCGAGGCGCCCGUCAGGUCUUUGCACCAUGUCAUGUUUGACGAUCGAACCCACGAGUAUGGUCUGGAGGUGAAAGACCCUGAAAAGGUUCCUCGCGGACCUUACUUCGUGAAGCAGCCUGUGAAUGUCGAUUACGAUGCGUCUGGCCAGCGAACGCAGAAAUACGUCACAUUGACUUGUGUGGCUAAGGGCUACCCAAAUCCGACUUACGAGUGGUUUAAGGAGGUGUACGAAAGCGACCGAGUGGUGGCCAAGAAAAUCGAUCCCCUGAAAGACGGUCGUUACACCAUCAGCGGCGGUUCCCUUAUCAUCUAUGAGCCGAAACAGAUUGAGGACAAUGGACAGUACCACUGCAGAGCUUCGAACAAGUUUGGCAACAUUGUUUCUGAGAGCGUGCUGCUUUCGUUUGCGUUUGUUGGAGAAUUUAACCUGAAGAGAUCUGCAGAGAGGGGCCAGCAAAAUUGGGGCAAAGCCAUCCAUUGCGACCCUCCGCAGCAUUACCCAAGUAUCACAUACAGCUGGGCUCGUGACUACUUCCCCAAUCUAGUCGAGGAAGACAGAAGAGUUUUCGUCUCCUAUGAUGGCAACCUGUACUUUUCCUCCCUGGAAAACAUUGACAAAGGCAACUACACAUGCAGCGUCAAGAACAGCGUCUCGAAAACAGGUCGCAACGGACCGAUUUUCCACCUAGACGUCAUCCCACACUCCAACUCCCAGCAGCUCAAGUUCGGCAACAACUUCCCCCAAGCCUUCCCGCAAGCUCCUGUCGCGGGUCAGGAGGUCCGUUUGGAGUGCGUCGCCUUUGGAUACCCCGUUGUUUCUUACAACUGGACAAGGAAAGGAUCGAAUUUGCCUAGAGGCGCGAUCGUCUCAAACUACAACCGCGUCCUGACCAUUCCUCGCGUCACAGUCGAGGAUCAGGGCGAGUACGUCUGUCGAAUCUACAACGACAAGCAGUCCAUGACCAAUUCCGUUAUGCUGACCAUCAGAGCUGAGCCAAACUUCACCAUUCCCCUUGUGGACAAGCAUAUAGACAAAGGCUCCGAUUUGACCUGGACUUGCGAGGCUUUUGGUAUACCUGACGUGGCGUAUUCCUGGUAUAAAAACGGCAUGUUGCUUGAUCCGUACAACAUAAGCAUCGAAGACCGAGAGCGAAUCAUCAUAGUGGACAAUGUCCUCACUAUCAAAGCUCUGAGUGCAGAGAUGGACGACGGAAUGUAUCAGUGCCAGGCGACAAACCAGCUCAAAACCAGAUUUUCCUCAGCUCAACUCAGAGUUUUGUCAUUGAAGCCAUCAUUCCGCAAACACCCGCUUGAAGCUGAAACCUAUGCUCACGAAGGAGGAAAUGUGACUAUUAAAUGCAAUCCAGAAGCAGCACCGAUGCCCAAGUUUACCUGGAAGAAAGAAAAUAAUGUUCUUGGAUCAAGUGGAACAAGACGAAUUCUUGAAAACGGCAACUUGGUAAUCACCAGAGUGUCCAGAGAAGACGCCGGAGUGUACACUUGCAUCGCCAGAAACGUGCACGGCUCUGACGAAAGCAGGGGCCGCUUGGUCGUCAUGAGAGGCCCAUCUUUUGUGCGAGAGCCAAAAAAGAGAAUUGUCGCCAGCUACGGCAGCAAUAUUUAUCUAGAGUGUUCUGCUUACUCCGAGGAGAUUCUCGACCUGGCCUUCACCUGGAAUAUGAACGGGCUCUCCCUGAAGGACAAAUACAGGGAAAACUCCACAGUGACCUUGGACGGGGGAAGACUGAAAAUCGAGAAUUCAACCUUUGCUGACGCUGGCACGUACGAAUGCAUCGUUGAAAGCACAGUUGGGUUUAUUUCAGCCAAGACUGAAGUGAUCAUUGACGGUCCUCCUGGACCACCAGGAGCUGUUGAUGCUAAGCCUGUCGCCAGAUCCUCCCCACGAUCUGUUGUGAUUUCCUGGGCAGAUGGCGCCAAGCACGGCCGAGACAUCACCUACUUCCAGAUUACUGGUCGCACCAAGUGGAACAGCACCUGGCUCAUUUUGGCUGAAAAUGUGACAGCCAACAAGUUCUUCCUGCAGAAGCGUCGAGAGUAUGAAGUGACUGACGUGCUUUCUCCGUGGUCCGUAUACGAGUUCAGAGUUGCUGCAGGCAACAGCCUUGGGCUUGGCAUUCCAUCAGCACCGUCGCCCUUUUUCAACACGCAGCCAGACAAGCCCUACGUGGCGCCGGUAAACAUUGGAGGCGGUGGUGGAAAAAUCGGAGACCUGACCAUCACUUGGGAUCCGCUGAGCGAAGGCGAACAAAACGGCCCUGGAAUUUUCUACAAGGUUUACUGGAAGCGAGUGGGCUCAAACUCCGAGUUCCAAUCGCAGGAAUUGAGGCAUCACGGCAACAUUGGCCGACAAGUGGUCAAGGUGCAAUACGAAUUUUACUACACCGAAUUCGAAGUGAAGGUGCAGUCUGGCAACUCGAUUGGCUUCGGCCCCAUUUCGGAACCAGUCAUCAUCUACAGCGCCGAGGACAUGCCCCAGGUCUCUCCAAGCCAAGUGUCUGCGCUCUCCUUCAACUCGACCGCGCUCAAUGUCUCUUGGGUGCCAAUCGAAAUGACCAGGGACAAAAUCAGAGGAAAACUCAUAGGCCACAGACUGAAGUAUUGGAAGAAGGAUGGCCGAGAGGAGGACGCAGUCUACUACCUCAGCAGAUCGACCAAGCCAUGGGCCCUGAUUGUCGGUUUGCAGCCCAAUGAAUACUACUACGUAAAAUGCAUGGCCUACAACACAGCCGGAGAAGGGCCUGAGAGCGAACGUUACAUUGAGCGCACAUUCCGAAAAGCCCCGCAGAAAGCUCCGACGGCUGUUCACGUGCAUCCAGUUGAUCCUUCCACUAUUCGAGUCGUCUGGCGUUACGUGGCGCCCGCGCCAGAUGAGGAACCUAUCAUUGGAUACAAGAUCCGCAUCUGGGACAUCGACCACGACUUCAGCACAGCGAACGACACGCUCGUGCAAAUCGGCUCCAAACUGGAGGCUUACUUAUACGACCUGACCCCUGGCAAAGCUUACAGCUUGCGUGUUCUUGCUUAUUCCAAUGGUGGCGACGGCAGAAUGUCUUCGCCCGCCAUCAAAUUCCAAAUGGGCGACAAAGAGCUGCGGCGCAGUAAUGAGGCUCCUGCUUUGACGACGCACCCCCUCCUCCUCAUCUUCUCCGUGUUUGUUGUCCACCAGGCGCUUUUGCGCCACCAAAUCAACAUUCCGUAAAUUUUAUAUAUAUCGACUCCAUAUCAACAAGGUAUUUUACAGAAUUGUAAUAGGUCCACAGAUUUCAUAUUAUAUAUAUACUUAUCUUAGGAAAUUUCACACAAAGGGCGUGGUUUCAGUGAUAUUUAAAAUUUCCAGCAGAAAUUGGAGCGUCAGGAGCAAUUUUUAACGCACACAGUGCAUGUUUAAGUAUGAAAUUGUUAUUUUUGAGUGCCUUAUUCAAUCUCAUUGACGUACAAUAACAAUUAAUCUUUUUAAAUAGUCAUAGAUGACAAUUUUUCUCUGGGCAUGCGCCUAUAGUGAAAUCUAAAUUAUGUUGUAUGGUACGACUUGUUUGCAAUGAUUGAUAUUAGGAAAGUUGCAGGUUGUUUUAUAGCAGCUAAUUUUGUCCGUUUUGCCUCUAGGCACAUUUAUUGGUUUUAUACACACAAUUUAAAUUUUUAUUUUUAAAAUAUAUAAAUUGAUAUAUUUUCCUUAGUUUGUAAGUCGAGAAAUCCGUCCAAUUAUUACCACGUGACUGUUCUAGAUAGUUUUAAGAUCAUUACUUUAUUAACAAGUAGAAUGAUCAGAAUCUCCAUUCAAGUGGUACGUUUAUAUAAUGUUCUCGUAGAGAAAAUAGUGUCAAAAGAUGAAAAUCAAGGCCUGUGCAAUCGAACUUUUGUACUCAAUCGCUGUCAUUUAUCAAAAAAGUAUGCUUUUACCUUUUUUAGAUACUAAUAAAAUCGAAAGUCCAUGUACGAUUAAUAAAAAAACGU